AUGACAAAACUCACGUUUAUUAAUAGCGGUAUUGGUAUGACCAAGUCAGACCUCAUGAAGAACCUUGGUACCAUUGCAAGGUCUGGCACGAAAGAUUUCAUGGAGGCUCUAGCUGCUCGUGCCGACAUGCCCAUGACUAGUCAGUUUGGUGGUUUUUUCUACUCUGCUUGCCUUGUUGCUGAGAGAGUCGUUGCAACCAGCAAGCACAACGGCGAUGAGCAUUAUGUUUGGGAGUCCCAGGCUGGUGGCUUCUUCACCGUGACACGUGAUACUACUGGAUAUCCCCUUGGGAGGGGUACUAAGAUCAUCCCCUACCCCAAGGACGAUCAGGUACAAGAGAACACAAGUCUAGUCGCUAUUUACCUUGCUGAUGCUUAA